UCUCUCUCUCUCUCUCUCUUUUUCCCUCAAUUUCAUUUUGAAAGCUAUCCUUACCCUUCACCCCAACCUGAGCACCAUCACCCACAACAGCAGUUACUGCUAAAAUACGCCAGGAUGCCCACUUUAAAUCUGUACACCAACGUCCCUGUGGAUGCUGUUGUGACCUCUGACAUACUCAAGGAUGCCACCAAAGCCGUUGCAAAAAUCAUAGGCAAGCCAGAAUCUUAUGUGAUGAUUUUACUGAAUGGAGGAGUGCCCAUUGCAUUUGCAGGAAGUGAAGAACCAGCUGCUUAUGGAGAAUUGAUAUCCAUUGGGGGGCUUGGCCCGAGUGCUAAUGGAAAGCUCAGUUCAGCAAUCGCAGAAAUUCUUGAAACCAAGCUUUCCAUUGACAGCUCCAGAUUUUAUGUCAAAUUCUAUGAUGUUCAGCGUUCCUUUUUUGGGUUCAACGGCUCCACCUUCUGAGCAUGCAAUAAGUUUGAUGCGGACUUCAUCGUCUUUUGAAGAUGGUAGAUGUGCCAAAGUUAUUGGUGAAUCGUCAUCGAACUGUACUUCCUCCAUUCAGUCAAGAUGGGUUUUUUUCAGGCAAUUGUAUUUCAUGAA